AGAUAGCUGCAGCAGAGACCUGGCAUAUCAUACUUCAAAUGGGAUAGCGGCGAGAUCCGAUCCACGGUUGUCUUACCUAAGGAAUGUUCCCCGCCUUGACCUCGGCUUUACCCUUGACAUUGGAUCGAUCUACUUCCAGCUUCAGCAGUAUCUUCUACCUGGCACCUAUAUCUCGAUACCUCUUCGCUUCUCUCGGCUUGUCACCGGAGGCCAUCGCCAUAGAUGAGCGACUUUUGGGGGCUUUGCGCUCGUCUUGGUCACAAAGUCACCCGGUGGUUCUAGUAAUCACGUCGGUCUCAAGUUUUGUCCGGCUCAAAAACUCAAAUUUUUUGUAUCUCUUAUCAGAGAUGUCCGAUACCAGGGCUGCUCGGCUUGCCGCUCAGAGAUCCUCUCCACCACCCGCUAAUUACAUACAUGUAGCUCAUUCCCCCGAGCAGGUUGCUCCAAUAUUAGAGGCUCCUCAGGGCGCCGACUACCUACCAGAAGUGACUGCCACGCAUGUUGAGAAAGAAGACAAUGUCCUGGCUUACCUUGCGACGAAAGAGUUCUACAUUACCCUUUUUCUUGGGUAAGUGCUACAGUUGGAGUUGCUUGGAGCACCAAGCACGUUCAGUACACUACUAGUCAGCGAGGGAACCUCAAUUCCGGCUUUUCAGACAUUCUUCAACUACUUUCUACUCAACGCUAUCUUUACCCCAUAU